AUGCACAACAUGUUCAGGAGAUCAACAGAGACCAUCUCAAGGUACUUCAAGCAAGUGCUCUAUGAUGUUGGGAAGCUUAGAGGAGAGGAUUGUAUUGGGGCAAUAAAUAAUACUCAUGUCACUGCCAGAGCGCUUAGGUCACAAGCUGCGGCAUAUAGGGGGAGGAAGUACUACGCAAGCCAGAAUGUGCUUGCUGCUAUUGAUUUCGAUCUGAAGUUCACCUAUGUGCUGGUUGGCUGGGAAGGGUCAACACAUGAUGCCAACAUUCUCUGUGACAGUACGAGUCGUCCAGGUGGCAUCAACAUCCCCGAUGGCAAGUUCUACCUAGAAGAUGUUGGUUAUGCAUGUCGGCCAGGUAUUCUUCCACCCUUCAGGAAAACCAGAUACCAUUUGAACGAGUUCGAUGGUAGGAGCUAUCCUAAGACUCCACAGGAGUUAUUUAAUCUCAAACACUCUAUCCUUAGAGUUACUGUUGAGAGGGCCUUUGGAGCUCUAAAGAACGGGUUUAAGAUCCUAGAUCAGAAGCCAUUCCACACUUUCCCCACUCAGGUUAAGCUUGUUCUUGCUUGUUGCAUUCCGCAUAACUGGAUCAUGCAAUAUGUUUGUGAUGAACUGGUGCCUAAGGAGGAAUAUGUGACGCCUGACGAUGUUGUCAGCUCCGGUCAUGGUGUGGAUGCAUUUGACAACGAAGGCUGA